GCAACAUCGUAUCGGUGAUCGCAGCUCCAUCCAUAGAUCCACUAUCCAGUCGCGACAACAAGCAAGGAGCGCGGUGGAUGGUAGUAAGAGGAGAACGGCAUAUCAGGUAUAUGGAAAGACGAAGGCCAGCCGCCGAAAGACGUAAACAGGGAGAUUCGAGUGUUUUAUUUUCGUCCUUCCUAAAUCGGCGUCGUCGCUCCGUAGAUUUCACCGGUAAAAACAUCCGUAGAUUCAGAGCUCCGAGCACCGUUCAAUCGCACACUCUUCAGUUUUCCUCCUCCUCCCCAGUUUACCCGGAUUUCGAAACAGACGCAGCGAAGCUGCUAACGCCAGAGUCCUGACUGUCGCUUCCUCCGUUUCGAGGAGAUCGAGCCAUGGGAGGCUAGUGAGAACACCCAGGCAUCUUCAAUUGGCUAAUGGGACCCGUUGAAUCGUCCCGAUGACGACGGCGCGGUGCUGAGUUCGGGCAGCGGCGGUAUUUUUUCAUCAACGGAAAUGGCGCGUCGUCGGAAAACUGAAGCUAAACCAUCGGCGAAAUUGUCGACAGCCGCGGCUGCAACAGUGCCAGCGACAUCAGAGAAGCCAACGGCGGUGAGAAAGUCGCGUCGUCAGAUAGCCAAGAAGCAAUUGGAUAAGAAAGAGAAUGGAGAAGGGACAGUUCGCGUUGUGCCGCAGCAGAAAUCUCAGAAUGAAUCUGAGGAGCCUGAAUCUGAGGGAAACUCGAAUGCAGAUCAGACGGUUGUGCAGCACAAGAAAUUUGGUAAGUACAGAUGCCCAACCGAAGUUGGUGGAAAGGAACAGCCUCAGCAUAUCAACAACUCGUCGACCAAGGGCAGCGAGUCCAGCGACAGCCAGGAAGUCGCUGUCGAAUUGCUGCAUGAGGGAACCGCCGAGACAGAGAUGACGCAAAUGGAUGUGAACACCAUCGUCAAUGAGAAUUGUUCAAACGAGGUAGUCUGGCAGGAGGACGUGAUAGAGGAGACGAUCGAAAUAUGCGAGGAAAUGGAGGUGGAGGAGGGCGCAGUCGAGGAAAGCUACACCAUCUCCCAGGAGGACGGCAGCGUCGUGCUGGAAGAAGUUUUACUCGUCAAUAAUCACGACUUCGAAGGUGAAGGCGUUGUUGAGUUUACCGUUAUCCAGAACGAGGAUGGGACAGAAUCAAUGGUUGUCGCCCGGGAUGACCAGAAUCUCUCGUGCAAGGAUUAUAUCACCAAUAGUCUGGCAUUGCAGCAGAGGAAAAGAGCUGAGCGUCAAGUUGAGGAGUCUGACGAGUUUCAGGAAAUCGAGAAAGGCGUUGGAAACAUCACCGUCCAAGAAUCUGCCGAGGCUGAUACCAAAGAUGCUGAACUAACGGAAGUGUCCAAUCGCCUCUUGCUAGGCUCCAAAAGCGAGACAAAAACUCCAAUCAAAGGCAAUGACAAACAAACUAGCAAAGUAGAAAGAGACGAUAAAGUGUCUUUGAAUUGUGAUAGUGAAAAUUGUGUAGAAAAUUCGACCUUUCGGACAGCCGGCAAUGCCAAAGUUAGUCCUGAAUCUGGUGACACCAACGUCUCCGUAGAUUCGAGUGCAAUUUCUUUGGAUUUACCUGUAAAUUUAGAUAGCGAUAUUAAUUUUAUUUCGAACGUCACAGCGGAAAACAACGUUCAGACCGAAUUGAACGCCAAUCGUUGCACUCAGUCUAGUGAAAAUAUACGGACAGAUAAUUUAAUAAGCAAAAGUGCGAAGAAAGUCGAAGACACCGAAAAGCCACAUUGUUCGAUUGAAGAUGAGUGCUCGAGUGGAGAAAAGCCGAUGCAGAGAUUAGAGGCGACAAAAAGCGGCGACAAUGUUGCUGCGUCAAAAGUCGUAGGGAAGGAGAAGAGCGCCAACAACAUAGUUGAUGAAUCAUCGUCAGGUGACAGCGAGAUGGACAUCAAAGCAGACACGGAGGACAUCAAAAUGUCGAGCAGCAGUGAGAACAGCAACGACACUUUGAUUUCCGGUAACUCGGGCUACAAACUACCUGAGUUCACGGAUGUUAAAAACAUUCCCAAUCAACAGAACGACGUGGAGAAAAAGACUGGAUUCAGGAGCCGCAGUGGCAGUACUGAUACGACGGGAUCCGAAAGUGGCUCUAACAGCUCCGGCGUUCGACGCAGCAGCCGCAUCAGGACUAUAGGUCUGAUGAAACAGAGGUCGAGGGGGCGAGGCUUGGUCACUAAGCCGAACCUGGAUUUAUCCAGAGCAGUGUUUCAGCACCAGGAAAGAGAGAAGCUACUUACCAGCAGUAGUGCUCUAUCACAGGACAACUCCAAGGACAAUUCGGACAACCAGUCUGAGACUCAGUCGGACAGGGAAAAUGGUGGGAAUAAAACUGUCGGUAUUUUCGACUCACCUGCACCUCUGUCCGCACUGUCGGGCACCGCCGGCUAUGAGUCCGACACUUCGAAACCCGUUAAGGUGAAAUCGCGCUGGCGGAGAUCCAGUGAGCUUGAAAUGGGUGGGAAUGGAUCGUCCACCAAGGUUCACCAGCUUCAGUCGGAGGGCGAUGUUAGCGCCGAGAUCAACCUGCCUCUCGUGCUCGGUAGCCCUUCUGCGGAUCUCAGUCUUGUGGCUGUCGCGAGCAAGGUGAAUGUCGGCAGGAAUUCCAUGCUACCGACUGUGCUCGAGGUUAAGGAUAAGGAGAUGGAGGAGAGACUGAGCCAAUUUGAACAUCUAACGGAGAAUUUGUAUCUGACCGAAAGAUAUACUAAUAAGGAGACGAAGCGUAUGGUUUGUGACUGUUUCCUGACAGAGGAAGAAAUAGCUAGGGGUGAAUUGGGCUGCGGCGAAGAUUGCCUGAAUAGGCUUUUGAUGAUAGAAUGUGGACCGAGAUGUGUUGUCGGCGAUCGCUGUACUAACAAACGGUUUCAAAACUGUGAAUACGCCAAAUGUGAAGUCUUUCGCACUGACAAAAAGGGCUUUGGUUUACGUGCCAUCGUCGAUCUCCAAUCGGGUGAAUUUCUGAUGGAGUAUGUGGGUGAGGUGGUCGAUCCCAAGGACUUUCGUCGCCGCGCGAAGGAUUAUUCCAAGGACAAAAAUAGGCACUACUAUUUCAUGGCGUUGAAAUCGGAUCAGAUAAUCGACGCGACUGCCAAGGGAAACAUAUCCCGUUUCAUAAACCACAGCUGCGAUCCGAAUUCGGAAACGCAGAAGUGGACAGUGAACGGCGAAUUGAGGAUCGGCUUUUUUAACAAGCAGUUCAUCGCUGCGGGAGAAGAAAUCACCUUUGAUUAUCACUUUCAACGAUAUGGAAAGGAAGCGCAGAAGUGUUACUGCGAAGCUGAAAAUUGUCGUGGAUGGAUUGGUGAGAGGCCUGACGAGGAGACGGAAAAAACUGAGAAGAAGGAGAAGACUGAAAAAGAUGUGACAAAGAAGAAGAAGGAGGAGAAGAAGAUACACGAUUAUACCGAGGAUGAGGAUCUGGAGGAGGAAAUUGAAAAACUCUGCGCGGGUGGACUGAAGAAUCGGGCACACACACUGACACUGAGCAGGCUGAUGGUGCGCAGCAGAGAAUUGGAGCACAGGACACGGCUGCUACGUCUAAUACAGAGCGGAGAGCAGCCUUGCCGUCGUCUUUUCCUCGACUAUCAUGGCUUACGUCUUAUAUGGAGCUACACGAUGGACGUGGGCUCAAACACCUCGUCAGAGGCGCAAAACUUCCGCCUUGAGAUUCUUAGGACGUUAAGCACGCUCCCGAUACCAAACAAGACCAUGCUGAUGGACAGCAAGAUUUUCGCCGUUGUUGAAAAGUGGGCUAAACAGCUUUACUCCUCGCCCACGAUCAGUGGAUCGCCAGAAGACGAAGACUCGGUGAAGCCCAAGUUGAACAGUGACGAGCCUGACAGUAGUUGCGACAUCGACAGCAACGAAAAGCUCGCCAGCACUGAUCCCGUGAUUCCUGGUUCUGAUCCUGGCAAAGGAUUGAAGGAAUUAGAUGUCUCGAUUACUGAACAUAUAAGCGAGGUCAAAAACGACCCUGAGGACGUUGCCAAGGCCCUCGAGGAGCAAACUGCCUUUACUGAGCUUGCAAACAGCCUUUUAUGCGAAUGGUCUAAUCUCAAGGAGGUAUUUCGCAUACCCAAGAAAGAAAGGAUCGAACAGAUGAAGGAACAUGAGAGAGAAGCAGAUCGCGGCUACAAGGAGGAUCUGGAAAAGGAGGACAGGCGGGACAAAUCAUACGAGAGAUCCUACAGAUAUGGACGGAGUGACAGUGGCAGCACUGAGAAGCGAUCGGAUCGUCGACGAGGCAGGGACUCUCCAGAGUUCGACUACAGCAGUAGAGGGAAAGAGAAGAGGGUCGAGGAGCGGGUAAAUCUGGUGCCGAUACCAAGGAUGUCGAAACAUGAACGACGACAAUUGUUUGCGAUGAAAGUUGCCAAGGAGGAGGAAGAGCGCCAGCGACGUCAGCAGCAGGAAACUUGGCAAGAACACGAAGCUCGUUGUCUGGCUCUCGGCAUGGAUCCUCACACUACUGCUGCUCUCGACCCGCAAACCGGAUAUCCUCUAUUCUUCAACCCCUCGCUCGGACAAUGGCAACAUUAUCCACCGAUACAGGACGCCGCUGACUUGACGGUGCAGUGCGCGCCUGUCUACCUUGGAGGAUCUCAACCACUCGCUGUUCAAUCUGGAAUAAUGGGACAAACACAGCAUUUGAUACCGCCCGGAGUGCCGCCGCCCGUCGUUUUCCCUCAGACCCAACAGCAACAGCAGCUGAACUCCGUCGGCGCGUACGCGCCGCUUCUCGGAGCGCAUCAUCACGAUCACCAAUUCGCCGACAGUCAGCUCAGGAUAUCCGGUAAUCUGAUACCAAUACAGAACGGCAGCACAACGGCAGCGGCGGCGGCCGUUAGUCAGGUUGGAAUUCAUCCAGAUCCAGCGAGCAUUUAUGCCGGUGAUAAAAUGCCCGAGGGGCUCGAAAAUGCCGAAGUCGCAUCACCUCCGCCGCUCGACUUGCCGCCGAAGUGGAAAUCGGCCAAGGAUUCGAGGGGUCGGACCUAUUACUAUAACGUUAACGAGCGGAUCUCUCAAUGGCUGCCGCCACCGCCUGACCACCUUGCAGCACUGCCCGAAACAUCAUCCAGCUCCGAGUCGAGCGAUGAAAGUAGCUCUUCCGACGAGGCGGAAGAUGAGGAACUUGAGGAGGACGAGGACGAGGAUAUUGGUGCGGACGAAACCGUUUGCCAGAUGGACGUCGACCUUGCCGUCAGUAAUCAGGCGGCCCUCGCUGCCCUGAAGUCUAAUUUUGCGGAGAAAUUUGAUGCGGUGGCUGGUGAUGAGGCCAGUUCUAUUAUCAUUUCUGAACCAAAGAAGAGGAGGGAUGGACUUGUUCAGGAGAGGAUCAUCAGCCCACGGCGAGAAGAUGAGCGCGUCGAUCACAAAAAGUACAAGGAAACAAAGGAGAAGUUAAGACGGCAGAAAGAGAAGGCGAAGCUCAAGGAGCACGUGGAGAAAUUGAAGAAGCACAGACGUGGCGGUAAAUCGAAAUCUCACUCGCGGACCAGUCAUACCUUGAGUAAAAUUCAAGCGAUAACGGCCGACCCAUCUGUUACUUUGGAACGGAAGAUCAAGGACACAUUUAGGAUAAACAUGGCGAACGUUAUGGUACACUUUUUAAACCCUUAUCGAAAAAACGACUGCAAGCAGGGUAGAAUCACGAACACCGAGGACUUUAAACAUCUUGCUAGAAAGCUGACCCACUUCGUGCUCGCCAAAGAACUGAAGCAUUGCAAAAGCGUCGACGAACUGCAGUGCAACGAAAAUGUAAAACACAAGGCCAAGGACUUUGUUCGCAAGUACAUGAACAAGUUUGGCCCUGUUUACCAAAAAGGUUCGGACGAAGAUUAAUAUUAGGGCGUAGGUAUUGGUCACUUUUCUAAUUUAUUAUAACAGCGGCAAUAAUUAUGAUGAUAAUAAUAAUAAUAAUAACAACUACAACGGCAGUAUAAAUAAUCAUUUAUUAUUACUAUUAUUAUUAUUGUUAUUUAUAAGAAUAUAACGUGUACUUUUGCCUUGACGGGACAGUUACUAUUAUUAUUAUUAUUAUCGGUAUAAUUAAUAAUACCUAAAAUUGUUUUAAAUCGUGAUGGUGAUGACUUUCGAUCACUGGCAAAAUAUCCUCGCGAUGACGAUGAAAAAUUGUAAAGUUGCUUAGUGGAAAUUCUUCUUAUAAUUGAUAUAUUAAUGUGUAGAUACAAUUUGAAUAAUAAUUCAUUAUUUUUAGUAAAGAAACAAAGAAAAACAAAACAAAAAAGGGCAAAAAAAAAGAAAGAAAAAGAAAUAAGACCAACCGAUAAACCAAUCAUGAACUAUAAUCGCGAAUAAUUGCGUGGGUAAACAACAUUUUUUGGUACGUUUGAAAAAGUGAUGUUUUAAUGCGCAAUGAAUAAGGUUUCCCACGCAUAAGUAGUAGAAUUAAUAAUAUACCGAAGAUUUUUAUUAUUGUUAUUAAUAUAAUUAUAUAUUGAAUGUACAUUGUGCAACUAUUCUUUCCGUAUUUCCACAGCUGUUGUUUUUUUUUGUUUUUCUUCCAAUUCCUAUUCUGUUUCAAGUUUGUUUGCAACGAUUUUACCGUGUGUACCUAUUGCAGAUACCUGCGUAUUGCAUGUAUACGUAUAAUACACAGAUAUGAUCUCUAUGUUAUAUUUAUCAUCAGAAAGAAAACGAAAAGAAAAU